ACGCGACGGAAACUACCUGAUUGACCGCGCGAUUUACCUCCGAUCUUGUUGAACACUCUGGUCCGAGAGGAGCUGUUCUUGAUUGACCAAUCUAGCCUCGAUCAGAAUUGAAUUUUUCUUUUUGACUUACUCUCUACUGCCUUCUUUUGGUUAUGUUCAAAUCGUUAUCCUUUAAUUACCUUAUCCUGGGGCCGACGCUGCUACCUCCUUUCAUCUCUUUAGCCCACGGAGUCACACCCUUCGUUUGCAUCGAAGUCCCGGCUUCGAACUCGCGAGUUUAAAGCUUCAAGAUCAGCACAAAUGAAUGGUCAUUCAAGUCCUCGCCAGGGGCCCGAGCCUCGGGCCCAUCCGCUAGGUCCUCUUACGGCACAGGAGAUUACUCAGACUGCGGCACUUAUUCGUGCAUGUUGGCCGGACAACAUCGAUUGCCACUUCAAGGUCGUGACUCUGCUCGAACCUCCCAAAGCUCAACUGGCCCCCUAUCUGGCUGCGGAACGAGAAGGGCAGGAUCCGGGCAGCAUAGACCGGCGGGCAUUCGUGGUCUACUAUCUCAGGGGAACACACAACCUCCACGAGGCGGUGGUGAACAUCACCACAGGCAGGGUCGAAGCCAAUGCCAAACUAGGCCCGUUUACGCAUCCAAACGGAGACGGAGAGGAGAUCAUCGCGGUAGAAAAGGCGUUGCUCGCGCACCCAGAGGUUCAAGCGGAAUUAGCCAAACUUCAACUCCCUCCCGGGACGGUGGUGGUGUCGGAUCCGUGGCUCUAUGGUACGACCACUGCGAGGCGAGGAUCUAAUAAGAGCUUAGGCUUCGCUGACGUUCUUGUGUAUCAGGUGCCGAUGGUGUCAAGGAGGGCAAGUUCUACGACGACAAGCGAGUCAUGCAGUGUUUCUUGUACAUGCGGGAUCCGCAGAACCCGUCCGAGCCGGACAGCUGCCAUUACGCCUUUCCUCUUCCCUUCUCCCCCGUCAUGGACCCCAUCACGCUGGAAUUGGUCCGCAUCGACUAUCUACCCACGGGGCACGAUGAGAAGGUGAAGCCCCCGGCUCCGUGGCAGCCGGCACCGCCUAGCGAGUACAUCCCCGAGGCUCAAACGCUGCGCAAGGACCUCAAGCCGCUGCGUGUCACGCAACCAGAAGCAGCGUCCUUCUCGGUCGAGCACUUCUCGGAGCUGGGCCGCCUGAUCCGUUGGCAGAAGUGGGACUUCAAGGUCGGCUUCAAUCAGCGGGAGGGCAUGGUCCUCUACGACGUGCACUACGACAACAAGCCCCUGUUCUACCGGCUCAGCCUGUCCGACAUGUGCAUCCCUUACGCCGACCCGCGGAACCCGUUCCAUCGCAAGGCGGCGUUCGACCUCGGAGACGUUGGGGCCGGCAUCAUGGCCAACAACCUGCAACUGGGUUGCGACUGCCUGGGCAGUAUUUACUACAUCGACGGAGUGCUGGUCAACGGCAAGGGAGAGCCUAUCCGCAUGCCCAACGUGAUAUGCGUCCAUGAGCAGGAUGCGGGCAUCCUGUGGAAGCACACCAACUACCGAACGAACCGGGCCGUCGUGGUCCGAAACCGCGAGUUGGUGCUGCAGACCAUCCUGACGGUGAGCAACUACGAGUACAUACUCUCUUUCGUCUUCAACACGGCGGGGGAUCUCGCCUAUGAGGCGCGGGCCACGGGGAUCUUGUCGACGCAGCCUGUCGACCGCGACCUAACCGCAACGCCGCAUCCGUUCGGCACCGUCGUGCACCCGGGAGUGCUCGGCGGAUUCCAUCAGCACUUCUUCAGCCUCCGGAUCGACCCCAUGAUUGCCGGGCACGGCAACUCGAUUGUGUACGACGAGGCGGUGCCAAUCCCGCGCGACCCAAAGCUCAACCCGCACGGCGUGGGAUACACGGUGCAGCGGACCGAGGUGGAAACGUCGGGCGGCUUCGACCUGGACACUACCAAGAACCGCACCUUCAAGAUCAUUAACCCGGCCGUGCACAACCCGGUCAACGGGGCGGCGGUCGGGUACAAGGUCGUGGUCCCACCCAUGCAGCCCAUCCUGGCCGACAGGGACAGCUUCCAUUACAGGCGCGCCGAGUUCACCGACCACAGCAUCUACGUCACCCGCUACGCGGACGGGGAGCUCUACGCCGGCGGCCUCUACACCAACCAGAGCCGCGGCGGGAACGGCGUGCGCAGCUGGGCCGACCGCAAGGACAGCCUCAAGGGAGGCGACCCGGUGCUCUGGGUCCAGUUCGGCAUCAACCACAUCCCGCGCGUCGAGGACUUCCCCGUCAUGCCCGCGGAGACGCUGCGGGUCACGUUGAGGCCGGUCAACUUCUUCGACCGGAACCCGGCCAUCGACGUGCCGCCCAGCAGGCAAGAGGUGAACCGAAGCGUGAGUCUGAACGAGCCGGGGGACGACGUACAAGAGAAUAUGAACGGGCUGUCCCUGGGAGGCGAGGGUGGGAGCCUGGGUUCUUGUUGCGCCUCUCACGGGAGCGUUUGACUGGGAAAAUGCGGCAGCACGGC